GGCCCCCAGCCCGUGCUCCCGGUGCCGCAGCUCUGCGCCCGCUCCUGCCGCUCCCAGCUCAGAGAAACCCCCUGAAAUCCUCACCUCCUUCUUUUCCUGUCCUGGAAAACUGGGAUACAAAGCAUCUGAGUCAGCUGGCAAAUUCUGAGGAUAAGACCCUUCAGAGAAUCAUCCCAAUCCUCAGUAUUUUUUUCUCUUCCUCCUCUUUUCCAUCAUCCUUUUUCUUACCCCAUAGAUUCCUCCUGCUGCUUCUUGCCUUAAGCACAUUCCUGCACACUCCCCUUCAGCCAAUCCCUUCCCAGCUCACCAACCCCAUCCAUCCCCUGUUGUCUAAAUCCCUUCUGGACUUCCCUUCUUGCCCCCCUGGGUGUCCAUGUCCUUAAUUCCCUCUGGGAGAAUGUGCAAACGACCUCCACAUGCUCCCAAGGGACCCUUGAGAGAUAUUUUGAGGUCAUCAUCCCUUUGUCCAGGAUGCCCUUCUAACAUUCCAUUUUGUCCCCUCAGUGGUCCUACCUGGAUCCCACCUGUGCCCCCCGGGCCUUGGCGCCCCCCUUGAGGGGAAUUUGGGGAGGUGGGAGGGGGGAGCGCCAAGGCCGGGCCCCCCCGCGCUGUGGUGGCGGGAGCGGCUGCAGUGGGGAGCGAGUGCGGGCGGAAGCGGCCGAGAGCCCAGCGCUGCCCCAGGCCGAGCUGGCCCAGCUCCAUCCGUGCCCCUGCGGUGGGAUGCUGUGGGACUGGGGGGGAAGAGGGAGGCGGCAGUGGGUGCUGGGCCUGGGGGCUGGAGGAGAAGGGAAGGAGAAGCAGGGCUGAGGAACAAAAUGUUCAAAGGAUGCAUGUGGAAGGAGAAGGUGGGAUUGUGCAGGAGGAGAAAGAGUAGGAGGAAGAGAAGUGUGAGGAAAAGUAUGGCCACAGGAGGAGGAGGAGCAGGAAGAGGGAGCAGCACAAGGUUCCACCCUGUCUGUGUGUGCAGUCCCAGGAGUGUUUCCCUGCCCACAGUCAGCAGGUGACUGGAGAGGGGGAUCCACAAUUUUUACUGGGCUGAAUCUUGGUGUUUCUGAGUUUUAUUGGGCUAAAUGUUGGUGGUUUGUUUUUUUGCAGGGCCUGAAUGUUUUUAUUCUGGAGGAGGUUUGCCUGAAUUUGGUGUUUGGGUAGUUUUUGAUCACUGUUUUUAUGUUUGGAGGAUGUUUGGGCUGAAUCUUGGUGUGUAGUAGGCUCUUACAGACACAAGAUGCCAAAUGACUUCCUCAGAUGAACUUGGGCAAGGAGGAAUCCCCACCCCAAAGCGCUGUCCUCUUGUUUUUUUCCCCAAACCAGGAUUUUACAUUCCCGCACCAUGGCCAGAUGGAAGAGGAGGAGGAAAAGCCCCAGAGAUCCCACAUGAGGAGGGGCUGCAAACCCAGUCCAGGGAGCUGUGAGGAGGAAAGAUCCCCCCUGUGCCAGGAACACGGCCAGAGAUCCAGCCAGAGCUCAGAGCUGGGGGAGAAGCCCCACAAGUGCUUGGAAUGUGGGAAGGGCUUCAGAAAGAGCUCCCACCUGAUCCAGCACCAGAGGAUCCACACUGGGGAAAAGCCCUACGAGUGUGGGGAAUGUGGGAAGAGCUUCAGCCGGAGCUCCAGCCUGAGGAAUCACCAGAGGAUCCACACUGGGGAACGACCCUAUGAGUGUGGGAAAUGUGGAAAGAGCUUCGGAAGUAUCUCUAACCUGAUGAGACACCAGGUGAUCCACACAGGGGAAUGGCCCUACACCUGCUUGGAAUGUGGGAAGAGCUUUGGGUGGAGCUCCAAUCUGAGAGCACACCAGCUCAUCCACACUGGGGAGAGGCCCUACGAGUGUCCCGAGUGUGGGAAGAGGUUUCAGCGCAGCUCCCAUGUCCUCAAACAUGAGCGGAUUCACACAGAGGAGAGGCCCUUCCGCUGCCCCGACUGCGGGAAGGGCUUCAACCGCAACUCCACCCUCACUGUACACCGGCGCAUCCACAGUGGGGAGAGGCCCUACGAGUGUCCCCAGUGUGGGAAGAGCUUCUCCAGGAGCUCAACCUUGACCAAACACCAACGGAGGCACCAGUAAGGGAAACCCUGUGAGUGCCCCGAGUGCGGGAAGAGCUUCGUGCGCUGCUCCAGCUCCAUCCCCCAUGGGAGGAUCGGCGUUGGAUGAUCCCCAGUGACCCCCGUUGGGCAGAGCCCUGGUGAUCCGUGGUCCUGGUGAUGCGUGUUGGGAAGACACCUGGCUGGGAGGCUCCACAUCUUCCUGGCUCCCUGUGGGCACCUGGAUGAAAUCAGGGGAAUGAAAGUCCAUCAGGACACAGACCAACAAUGGGAAUUCCUUGUGGGGAGUAGAUUUGUUGACUUUCAAUCCCAGAAAAUCUUUUAAAUUCAAUCCUAUCUUCUGGUGGCAUCAAGGAAUACUGUAUGGUCUUGGAGGUCUUUUCUAACAUCAGUGAUUCCACAAGUUUAAUUUCCUUCUGCCCAAGGGUGUCUUUCUCAGCAAAAUGUUGAUGGUUUUGGGCAAAGAUCAGUAUUUUGGAGACAGUGGGGUGGAAAUCCCCCGAAAAAGUUCUUUCCUCCCACCCAGCUACGUGGAUCAUCAGCUGGCAUGGACACAGAAAUCUUUUACUUUGGGCCUUCUUUGGCUUUUCCUUUCUCUUCAUCCUUUGAAAA